AUGAUGGACGAGUUCGCCUCGGAAUCGGACAGCGACUACACGAGCUACUGGCGCGACUGGUUCAUCUCAUCCCGGGGCAAUGAAUACUUUUGCGAGAUCGACGAGGACUACUUGACAGACCGUUUCAACCUGACCGGACUUAACACGGAAGUUCAGUACUACCAGUAUGCCCUCGACCUUAUCACCGAUGUUUUCGAUCUCGACUGCGACGAUGAGAUGCGGGAAACAAUAGAAAAGUCGGCUCGGCAUCUUUACGGUCUCAUCCACGCUCGUUAUGUAGUAACAACACGAGGACUGGCUAAAAUGCUUGACAAGUACAAGAAAGCAGACUUUGGCAAAUGCCCGCGAGUCUUCUGUCACUCCCAUCCACUCCUGCCCAUGGGCCAGACCGACGUUCCCAGCCAAAAGGCCGUCAAGCUCUACUGCGUGCGGUGCGAGGAUGUCUACAACCCCAAGUCAAGCCGCCACGCCGCCAUCGACGGCGCGUACUUCGGCACGUCCUUCCACAACAUCAUGUUUCAGGUCUACCCGGCGCUUGUUCCACCCAAGAGCGCGGAGCGAUACAUACCGCGGGUCUACGGCUUCAAAGUGCACGCCUCAGCGGCGCUGAUCCGAUGGCAGAACGGCAACAGGGCGGACAUGCUACGGCGGUUGCGGAAACUCGAGGUCGAGAGCGGUUUCAAGGACGACGUCGUGGAGGACGAUCUGGAUGAGGAAGAGGAGGAAGAUGAUCUCGGCGCGGACGGAGCGGAGGGCGGUGGUGAUGCCAUGCACGUGCAGUGGGACGCACGACAAAUAGGGUUGCCAGUCCUCAACGGCCGUGGGUCCAGACACGGCCGCAGUGACAUUGCUACCAUCGUCCAGCCAUACAGGCCGUCGGGAGAGUAGCCUAGUCCCUAUGUAGUCAAAUAGCUCCCAUCUGGCAAGCCGCGUCCGACGCCUGGUCGCUGCACAACCACCCUGCCUUUGUCUCCUUUGGUCUCGUAGUCUGGCUCGUGGGGAUCCAACCGUUGCAUGUUUGGGUCUAGUUCGGGCUUGGAAGCGUCAGUUUGUCCCCGAACGUCGUGGUUCGUUUUGGCCACGGCCGCGAGUGCAUGGGCACCAUCAUGGGUUGACGUUCC